AUGCAGUCCACGGAUCGUAUAGCUGCUGUUCGGUUUCUGAUUACGGUCCAGCGCUGGACGGGGCUCCUGAAAUGGCAGGAUGAGAAUAGUCAUGACCUCUGGACAUGGGUCAAGCGCAUCUAUCCGUUUGCCCUGCAUCUGCCGCUGACUUUCACCUACAUUGGCCUGAUGUGGCUGGAGGCACUCACCUCCACGGACUUCGAGCAGGCUGGCCAGGUGCUGUACAUGUCGGUGACGGAGCUGGCGCUUAUCACCAAGCUCAUCAACGUCUGUAGGCGAGAGCAGGUGGCAGGGUUCAUUCACGAACUGGCAGACGAUCCCGCCUACGAGUUGCGCAAUCCCGAGGAAAGGGAGUUCUGGCACCGCCAGCAGAUGCACUUCCAGCGCAUCUUCUACUUCUACAUCCGGGGCAGCCUGUUCGUGGCUGCGAUGGGCUUUUUCAGCGUGUUCUUUCAGGAGGAGUACGAGCUGCCCUUCGGCUACUACGUGCCGUUCGAGUGGCGCACCCCGGAGCGCUACUACUACGCCUGGGGCUACAACGUGACUGCCAUGACGCUGUGCUGUUUGUCCAACAUCCUGCUCGACACCAUGGGCUGCUACUUUAUGUUCCAGAUCGCCCUGCUCUAUCGGGUGAUGAACCUCCGCCUGCAGGCCCUGCACCGGACCCCGGAGAGGGAGUCCGCGCCCCGGCUGCGUGCCAUUUUCCGGCUGCACACACGAGUGCGCCGCCUGACGCGACAGUGCGAGGCACUGGUCUCCCCCUACGUCCUCUCGCAGGUGGUGUUUAGCGCCUUCAUCAUCUGCUUCAGUGCCUAUCGGCUGGUCCACAUGGGCUUCAGGGAGCGGCCGGGUCUCUUCCUCACGACCCUGCAGUUUGUGGCCGUGAUGAUUGUCCAGAUAUUCCUGCCCUGCUACUACGGCAACGAGCUGACCUUCCAUGCCAGCGCCCUCACCGACAGCGUGUUCCGCACCAAUUGGCUGGAGUACUCGGUGCCCACCCGCAAGCUGCUCAACUGCUACAUGGAGUUCCUGAAGCGACCCGUCAAGGUGCGAGCCGGAGUCUUCUUCGAAAUUGGCCUGCCCAUAUUUGUCAAGACAAUCAACAAUGCCUACAGUUUCUUUGCCCUGCUCUUGAAAGUAUCCAAGUAA